UAGAAGCCGUACGUCGCUUUAAAUUUAGUCGCUUGGAAAUUUAUAGGUGUUCUUGACGCUGUGUUAGUUGCUAAUAAAAAGUAAAGUUUUUUUAUUUAUUUUCGAAAAAUUCAACUAUAGAACACACUCAAUCGUUAAUCUUGCAUCCUACUACCCAUCUAACAUUUGCAUCAUGACUGACCUAAGUGAUCUAGAUAGACAAAUUGAGCAGCUGAAGAGAUGUGAAAUUAUUAAAGAGUGUGAGGUUAAGGCACUCUGUGCAAAGGCCAGAGAAAUUCUUGUUGAGGAAAGCAAUGUACAAAGAGUAGACUCCCCAGUUACAGUUUGUGGAGACAUACAUGGACAGUUUUAUGAUCUCAAAGAGUUAUUUAAAGUUGGAGGUGAUGUACCAGAGACUAACUACCUUUUUAUGGGUGACUUUGUUGACAGAGGAUUCUACAGUGUUGAAACUUUCCUGCUCUUAUUAGCUUUAAAAGUUAGAUAUCCUGACCGCAUAACACUUAUAAGGGGCAACCAUGAAUCAAGGCAAAUCACUCAAGUAUAUGGUUUCUAUGAUGAAUGCCUCAGGAAAUAUGGUUCAAUCACUGUUUGGAGAUAUUGUACAGAAAUUUUUGAUUAUUUGUCUCUAUCUGCUAUUAUAGACGGAAAAAUAUUUUGUGUUCACGGUGGACUGUCGCCGUCAAUUCAGACCUUGGAUCAAAUUAGAGUGAUAGAUAGAAAACAGGAAGUACCUCAUGAUGGUCCCAUGUGUGAUUUGUUAUGGAGCGAUCCUGAAGAUACUCAAGGAUGGGGUGUAUCUCCUAGAGGCGCGGGUUACCUGUUUGGAUCAGAUGUAGUAGCACAGUUCAAUGCUGCGAAUGAUAUAGAUAUGAUUUGUCGAGCACAUCAAUUGGUUAUGGAAGGAUAUAAGUGGCAUUUUAAUGAGACUGUUUUGACUGUGUGGUCAGCUCCAAAUUAUUGUUAUAGAUGCGGCAAUGUAGCUGCUAUCCUAGAACUGAAUGAGCACUUACAAAGUGAUUUUACGAUAUUCGAAGCUGCGCCCCAGGAAACACGGGGUAUACCUUCUAAGAAGCCACAGGCAGACUAUUUCUUAUAAUUUUUUUUCAUCCCGCUUAGAUUAGCUUUAGGUUUAGAUAAGUUCUCUCUCUUAUAAUAUAUUCCGUUAGCAGAUUUUCGAUGGGCUUUAUUCUGUCUGUUUUAUACAUAACAAUUAUAUUUAACUUUUUAUUUCAUACCAAUAUUUAAAAGCAUUUAAAAUUAUAAAUAUUUGGUGUUUCAUAUAGAGAACUAUUCUUUUGACCAACAAGUUACUUUUAGAAUAAAAUAUAUAUAAGGAAGUAUGAAUUGUAUUUUAUAGAACUAUAGAUAAUGUCUGGUAGUAUGUAAAAAAUUGUUUCAUUAAAACGACUAUGUAGUUUUGUGACAUGUGCAUUGUAAUUUGAUUCUCCCCUCAUUUGGAAAAAGCAACUUUACUUAAACUAACAAUUUUGUAAAUAAUAUAAAUGUCAAACUUAGAUUUAAGAUUAUUAUUUAGUUAUCAUGUACAGGGUCAUUUUCUGCGAAUUAAUUUAUUUGUAUUACAGAGAUUGCUGUUUUGGAUUCUCAGUUAAAAAUAUUAUUACAUCUUAAUGUGAUCAAAAAUGUGAAUCGUUUUGUGGACUAACACCAAAAAUAUGAUCCUGGGCAUUUUUUUUUUAAUUUUAUAAUUAUGGUAUUAUUUUCUAUAGUUUCUGAAAAUUCAGUAAAAUAGGGCUAAGCAAUUGAUCCCUUAGUAUUAUAAAGAUUGUCUAAGAGACUGAAAAUAUCUACAAACAGUUCUUUAGAAUUGAAAAAUGAGUUAGUUGCUUAAUUCCUUCAUUUAUAUAACUCCUUGUAAUGUAAAUUAAUUUAUUGUUUGUUUUAUAUAGGUUUUUAUAAAUAUUUUAAUUAAGGAAGUUUAUAGGAUUCUUAGUUAAACCCUUGUACACAGAAAUACUGCCAAUAUAAAUUGUUUUUUACCUAA